GCGCUGCAGAGCCGGGAGUAUUUUCAAAGGAGGGCUGCUGCAUGUCCUGUUGAGGUCCCCUGCAGUGCGAGUGUCGGGAGUGCGUGCACCAUGGCGACCCUCCUGCGUGUCGUGGCAGUCAACUGCUCGGCCCCUUUGCUCAGCAGCAUCUCCUGCGUGAAGGUGCACGGCAGCUCUGCAAUCAAAUCCACCUGCGUACGUUCUUUUAGGACCCAUCAAGCUCUUUGGCGGAGUGCAAGUCUAGGAAUCCCAUACAAGCAGCUCACAGUUGGAGUUCCCAAAGAAAUUUUCCAGAAUGAACGUCGUGUGGCGCUGUCUCCUGCUGGUGUUCAGGCUCUCAUCAAACAGGGCUUCAACGUUGUCGUGGAGUCUGGAGCCGGAGACUCCUCCAAGUUCCCCGAUGAAAUGUACUCUCAGGCUGGAGCAACAAUUAAAGGCAUAGAAGACGUUCUGGCCUCUGAUCUGUUGGUUAAGGUCCGUGCUCCUACAUUUAACCCAGCCGUGGGUGUUCAUGAAGUGGAGAUGAUGAAGGACGCAGCGACUUUACUCAGUUUCAUCUACCCAGCUCAGAACCCCGAGCUGAUGGACAUGCUGUCCCAGAAAAGAGCCACAGUUCUGGCUAUGGACCAGGUGCCCAGAGUCACCAUCGCUCAGGGUUUUGAUGCACUGAGCUCAAUGGCAAACAUUGCAGGGUACAAGUCAGUUGUGCUGGCAGCUAACAGCUUUGGGCGAUUUUUCACGGGACAAAUCACAGCAGCUGGGAAAGUGCCACCCGCUAAGGUGCUGAUUAUUGGAGGAGGUGUAGCCGGUCUGGCAGCAGCUGGUACCGCCAGGUCUAUGGGAGCCAUUGUCAGAGGUUUUGAUACUAGAGCUGCAGCUUUGGAGCAAUUUAAAUCUCUUGGUGCAGAGCCGCUGGAGGUGAACAUAAAGGAGUCAGGAGAAGGUCAAGGAGGUUACGCCAAGGAAAUGUCAAAAGAGUUCAUCGAGGCAGAGAUGAAGCUGUUUGCCAAACAGUGUCAGGAAGUGGACAUCGUCAUCAGUACUGCUCUUAUUCCUGGGAGGCGGGCCCCCAUCCUAAUCACCAAACCAAUGGUAGAGAGCAUGAAGGAUGGUUCGGUGGUGGUGGACUUAGCAGCUGAAGCUGGUGGAAACAUCGAGACCACAGUUCCAGGAGAACUGUCAGUAUACAAGGGAGUGACCCACAUUGGCUACACAGACAUCCCCAGCCGUUUACCGACACAGUCCAGCACUCUGUAUUCCAACAACAUCACUAAGCUGCUGCGAGCGAUCAGCCCAGAUAAGGAGAACUUCUACCUCGAUGUCAAGGACGUGUUUGACUAUGGGACCAUGGAUCAUGUUGUCAGAGGAUCUGUUGUCAUGCAGAAUGGAAAGAACCUGUUCCCCGCUCCCCAGCCUAACAACGUGCCCACUGCAGCUCCUCCUAAAUCCAAGACGGUCCAGGAACUGAAGGCAGAGAAGGCAUCACAGAUCUCUCCUUUCAGGGCUACACUCACCAGUGCUGGCAUUUACACCGGAGGUAUCGGCACCCUGCUGGGUUUGGGCUUGUCGGCUCCUAAUGCCGCCUUCACCCAGAUAGUCACCACCUUCGGGCUUGCUGGUAUCGUGGGAUACCACACAGUGUGGGGAGUCACUCCUGCUCUGCACUCACCUCUCAUGUCUGUCACCAAUGCCAUCUCAGGUCUGACGGCUGUGGGUGGUCUGUCCCUGAUGGGAGGCGGCUACUUCCCAUCUAAUACUGCGCAGACACUGGCUGUUCUCGCCGCCUUCAUCUCUUCAGUCAACAUCGCUGGUGGUUUCCUGGUAACCAAGAAAAUGCUGGACAUGUUCAAACGUCCCACUGACCCUCCUGAGUACAACUACCUCUACCUCCUUCCUGCUGGUGUCUUCGUUGGAGGCUAUGCUGCGGCUCUGCAUUCUGGAUACAACAUUGAACAGAUGAUGUACUUGGCCUCAGGUCUGUGCUGCGUCGGUGCCCUUGCUGGCCUUUCCAACCAGACCACAGCCCGGUUGGGAAAUGCUCUGGGUAUGAUUGGAGUCGCAGGGGGCAUGGCUGCCACUUUGGGCGCUCUCCAACCGAAUCCUGAGCUCCUGGCACAAAUGAGUGCAGCCAUGGCUGUGGGUGGCACUGCUGGCUUGACCAUCGCUAAAAAAAUUGAGAUCACUGACUUGCCUCAGCUUGUGGCUGCAUUCCACAGCCUGGUCGGACUGGCUGCAGUACUCACCUGUGUGGCAGAAUACAUGAUCGAGUACCCUCACUUUGCUACGGACCCUGCAGCCAACCUCACCAAGGUAGUUGCCUACCUGGGCACCUACAUUGGUGGAAUCACUUUCAGUGGCUCUUUGGUGGCGUACGGCAAACUGCAAGGUCUUCUGAACAGUGCCCCCCUGAUUCUCCCUGCUCGUCAUGCUCUCAAUGCCAGUCUCAUGGCGGCUUGUAUCGGUGGGAUGGUUCCCUACAUGCUGGAUCCAAGCUACACCACAGGCAUGACCUGUCUCGGAUCAGUGUCUGCCCUCUCCGCUGUCAUGGGUGUAACUUUGACAGCAGCUAUCGGAGGUGCCGACAUGCCGGUGGUCAUCACCGUACUGAACAGUUACUCGGGCUGGGCUCUGUGUGCUGAGGGCUUUCUGCUAAACAAUAACCUGCUCACCAUCGUCGGAGCUCUCAUCGGGUCGUCUGGAGCCAUUUUGUCCUACAUUAUGUGUGUGGCCAUGAAUCGUUCCCUGGCUAACGUGAUCCUGGGAGGUUAUGGUACAUCUUCCACCGGUACAGGAAAGCCCAUGGAGAUCACAGGGACACACACUGAGGUCAACGUGGAGCAGACCGUUGACAUGAUCAAAGAAGCUCAAAACAUAAUUAUCACUCCAGGUUAUGGACUUUGUGCUGCAAAGGCCCAGUACCCCAUUGCUGAAUUAGUAAAGCUGCUCUCAGAGGCUGGCAAGAAAGUCAGGUUUGGGAUACAUCCAGUAGCCGGUCGGAUGCCCGGUCAGCUUAAUGUGCUGUUGGCUGAAGCAGGCGUCCCGUAUGAUAUUGUUCUGGAAAUGGAAGAGAUUAAUGAGGACUUCCCUGAAACUGACCUGGUCCUGGUGAUUGGCGCCAAUGACACGGUGAACUCUGCCGCCCAAGAAGACCCCAACUCCAUCAUUGCUGGCAUGCCUGUUCUGGAGGUCUGGAAGUCCAAACAGGUGAUUGUGAUGAAACGUUCUCUGGGUGUUGGAUACGCAGCCGUGGACAACCCCAUCUUCUACAAACCCAACACCGCAAUGCUGCUAGGCGAUGCUAAGAAGACGUGCGACGCCCUGCAGGCCAAAGUCCGUGAGUCUCAGGGCCUGUAAAGUGGCUCUGCGUCGAGGAGGCCUCAGCCGAGAGCACACACACACAAACGAAAACAAAGGAAACGUUUUCUAAAAGUACUCCAACUUUGUCAGCUGAGUAAAACUGAGAUAGGAGGUUAUUGACAAACCCUUCCCAAGAUCUAAAAAUAAAAGAAAAUGUGUUAAAAGUUCAUGCUUGUGGAACUCAUAAACUGAGGAUGCUGUAUAUUUAUUUCUCACAGAGAUAAUAUACUUAAACAGAUGUUUUCUUCUUGACACUUCUUUUAUUUCUAGAUACUAAAGGAAGGGAAAUGGUCUUCAAACUCAAAAAUGUGUAUUCAUGUAAAAAAAAA